GACGAGGCGAGGCUAGAAACAGUUAGGAACAUGGGCUAGGCCUACAUGGUACAUGUACAUUCAGCACACCCAUCCACACUGUACACAGGCUGAGAUACAUCUGCAGCCAUGUUGUCUUUACGGCAUCUCGAUUGCGAGUGGAGGCUGUGUAAUAAUGUCAGCAUAAUGUGCACUCACCGGUCGCUCGAUAAGAGAAUGGCUUCGCCGUUCAGGAAAUCAAGUGUGAGAGUUUACCCGCUCGCGUUCUCGAUCGCGACGUCCUCAAAAUGCCUCCCAAUCCGCGUGUACACGAAGGGAUCAGGGAGAUAGAUGUAAACAACGCGGCCGCCUUUUGGCAUCAUACAAACGUUGUCGCCCACCUGGAUGACGAAGAAUUGGAGACCGCGGUGACCGAGUUCAUUCAAGAGGGCAACUUAGGUCAUCUUGGCCCGACGUUCCGAGCCGAGCUGUCGAAAGCUGCCAGAGUGCUCAAAUGGCAAGACGCAACAGACAGCGACGAAGCCUUACGGGCGCGAGUACCGGAGCUCACCGAAGCCGAUCUCCAAACAUUGAAGCGGGAAGGGAGGUGGAAGGACCAACCGUGGGGUCUUUUUCUGGCUGUCCUGAUCAAUUCCAUCGCGGCGGUUGUACAAGGAUGGGAUCAGAGCGGCACAAACGGAGCGAACCUAUUCUGGACGAGCUCGAUGGGUAUUUCGAUUGAACAUUGUCUCAACAUGGCGGAUCCCCAGAGACCUGCAGACUGCACUCGACGGACUCUCCUACUGGGGUUUGUCAAUUCCGCACCAUAUAUCAUGAUAAGCCUCGUUGCAUGCUGGCUUUCAGAUCCCUUGAAUCAUUACCUGGGCCGACGACUUACGAUCUUCAUCGGCGCGAUUUGCAGCGUCAUUGCCCCCCUCGCAUCCGCCGCCACCCAUUCGUGGCCAGAGCUCAUGGGCACGAGAUUCAUUCUCGGUCUGGGCAUGGGACUCAAAGAGGUGACGGUGCCCAUCCUCUCCGCGGAGAUAGCACCUCGACAGAUCCGCGGCGCCCUCGUCAUGUCGUGGCAGAUCUGCACAGCGUUCGGCAUCAUGCUUGGAUGUGCGGCAAAUUUGAUAUCACUGAGCAUCACCGACGACCAGAAUUUCGUUUGGCGUCUUCAGCUUGGUUCCGCUUUCAUUCCAGCCACGCUUCUAUUAGUUUUCGUCUUAUUCGGGCCGGAAUCGCCACGAUGGCUUGUCCGCAAGCGGCGUCUCGAGAAAGCCUACCGGACCCUCCAGAGAGUCCGUGGACGCGGGAACGAGCUCCUCGCCGUCAAAGAGCUCUUCUACCUGAACUGCGUUAUAGGCCACCAGGACGAGGUCUUCGUGGGAACGAAAGGCUUCCAACGCUUUGUGGAGCUCUUCACUAAGCCGCGCGUGCGCCGCGCUAUGGUCGCGGCAUCCAUCGUGAUGAUCUCCCAGCAGUUUUGUGGCAUCAACGUGCUUGCCUUCUAUUCUUCGACGGUGUUCGACACGAUCGUGCAGACCGACGGGAGUUCCUACCAAGAUGCGCGCACCGCGCUGUUCUUCAGUCUCGGCGUCGGCGUGACCAAUUUCAUCUUUGCGUGGCCCGCAUUCUUCUCCAUCGACAAGUACGGGCGGCGGCCGUUGCUGCUCGUCACCGUCCCGCUGAUGUUCCUCUUCUUGUUCAUCGCCGGGCUGUGCACGCUGAUCGAGGACAAGAAAGUCAGCUUCGGGGUUGUAGUCGCCUUCUUGUAUCUUUUCGUCGUGGUGUAUUCGCCCGGCAUGGGUCCGAUCCCGUUCACGUACUCCGCGGAAGUCUUCCCCAUCACCCACCGGGAGAUUGGCAUGAGCUGGGCUGUUUCGAUGAACAACCUUUUUGGCGCCGCCCUCUCGUUGUCCUUCCCCUCGAUUUGGCAAUUUUUCCGCCCGUUGGGGCUCGGCACGCUCUUCUUUUUCGCUGGGCUGAACAUCAUCUCGUUCAUCCUGAUCUUCUUAUUUGUUCCAGAGACUCAUUUGAAGACGCUUGAGGAUCUCAACGCCAUUUUUGAUCGGCAGACCCGAUCACAUGCGGAGCAUGAGCUCUGCCAUGUACUACCGUGGGCCUUGGAUCGCGUGACAGGCCGGAAAGCGUCCGAACGCCCGAUCUUCGCCGAUUGACAGGAUGUUGUGAGCCU